CUGCAGCUCCAUGGCUUAUCGGUCUCUUCGUAUUCGUUGUUUGUGGGUCUGGUUAGUGUUGAACAUUCACUUUCAUCCCAUAUAUCUUUGCUCAGUUUUCUACUGAAGUUUCAUAACGCUUGA